AUGUCAGAAUUGGAAAAGAGCGUAGAGGGACAAGAAAGUUCAGCUGCGGAAGAAACUGAGGAAGUAGUCGAUCAGCUUACUAAGGCGCGUGAAGAAUGCGAAGAACAUGCUGCCGAAUUCAAGCGAAUCCUUGAUGAGUGCAACGCCCGAGUAAGGUCGAAGAAAAAGACUACCGAAACUUGUCAUGAAGAGAUGGUGAACUACAUCCAACAUCUGGAUCACUGUGUAAGCUGCCGUUAA